AUGAAGAAAUUGUUGAUGAGAAAGAGGUUUAGUGAGCAGGUCCACAAGUUCAUUGGUAGAGGCAAUAUGGGGGACUCAAAGUUGUUGACAUUGAACUUUGUCCCAAACAAAGUGGAAAUCAAUUUCAAUGUGUUUCAUGCGACAUUGAAAGACAUGAUUGGCACAAAACAAAAUAAAGAUGGUCUGCUGAUUCAAGAAGAGUCAGAGGGGGUGGAUUCAUCAGUCCCAAAGUGGACAUUGAGGGGUCUAGGAGAUGACAAAGGUGUUGAUUUUUGGGGUGAGGAAUCAAAGGAGGGUGUGUUUGAGACUUGGAGAGGAUCCUGGCAAGAGGAUUUGACUGAGGAUCUAGCUUUGUCAACCAAUUUAGAAGACAUUCUUCUUUUGAGGAACUUGCCUUGGGGGUCGAUUCUAAGUGUUUCUAGUAGCUACUUCAUUCUUUGUCUCAUUUUAGGAUCGAUCUGGAUGCUACCGUCUUCUUCUUCAGAAACAACCCGACGCUUUGAAUUUAAUGUUGAGUGGAAGAAAGUAACUCGUUUUUGCCAUUCGAAGCAACUUCUGACAGUGAAUGGAGAGUACCCAGGGCCAACUGUAGCUGUUCGUGAAGGUGAUAAUGUUGAAGUUAAGGUCAGCAAUGGCAUUGCCAAGAACACGACGAUUCAUUGGCACGGAAUAAGGCAAUUUAGAACUGGAUGGGCUGAUGGACCGGCUUACAUUACCCAAUGUCCCAUAAGAGGAGGACAAUCUUACACCUACAAGUUCACAGUAGAAGACCAAAGAGGCACACUCCUCUGGCAUGCCCACCACUCCUGGCAGAGGGCUUCUGUGUAUGGUGCAUUCAUCAUCUACCCUCGCAUGCCAUAUCCAUUCUCAGCUCCAAUCCAAACUGAAAUCCCUGUCAUAUUUGGUGAAUGGUGGAAUGCUGAUGUAGAUGCAGUGGAAAACGAAAUGCUAAUGUUUGGAAAAGGGGCUAAUUCUUCAGAUGGUUACACCAUCAAUGGUUUACCGGAACCUCUUUAUCCUUGCUCUGUCAAAGAUACAUUCAUGGAGACAGUUGAACGAGGCAAGAACUACUUGCUUAGAAUCAUCAAUGCAGCACUCAAUGAUGAGCUCUUCUUUGCCAUAGCUAAACAUACAUUGACCGUCGUCGAGGUUGAUGCAGUUUACACAAAGCCUUUCACAACAACAGCUAUAAUGAUUGCUCCUGGACAAACCACCACUGUUCUUCUCGACACAAAUCAACUUCCUGAUUCCACGGGCAUCUUUGCAAUGGCAGCAAGGCCUUACCUUAGUUCCGUUGUGCCUUUUGAUAAUUCGACUACAGUCGGCUUCUUAAAGUACAAAGGUGCAAGUGGAAACUUUAUGCCCCCAACUAGACUUGACAGACUUCAACUUUACAACCUUCCUGAACUACAAGACACUGCCUUUGCCACAAGAUUUGAUAAGAAGCUAAGAAGCCUUGCUUCUUCUCAGUACCCAUGUAACGUUCCUAAAAAAAUUGACAAAAGGGUGAUAACAACUAUAAGCCUGAACCUUCAGGAUUGUCCAGCAAACCAGACCUGCAAAGGUUACAAAGGCGGAAGAUUUUAUGCCUCGAUGAAUAACUUUUCCUUUGUUCGACCCCAAUUGUCCAUGUUAGAAGCCUAUUACCACAACAAAACUGCAGGCGUUUUUACCUCAGAUUUCCCAGAAAAUCCACCAAAAGUUUUCGAUUAUGCUGGUGUGGAUCGACUUACAGAAAAUAUGAACACAGAGUUUGGUACAAAGCUUUUCAGAGUACCCCACGGUACAAAUUUAGAAAUUGUUUUGCAGGGCACAAACUUUCUCCAUCCAGAAAACCAUCCAAUCCAUGUUCAUGGUCACAACUUUUUCAUCGUCGGGAGUGGAUUUGGAAACUUUAAUGUUUCUAAGGAUCCGGACAAAUACAACCUCAUUGAUCCUCCAGAGAGGAACACAGUGGGAGUGCCAAUGGGAGGCUGGGCUGCAAUCCGUUUAAAGGCGGACAAUCCCGGAGUGUGGUUCAUACAUUGCCAUCUUGAAGAACACACCUCAUGGGGGCUAGCCAUGGCAUUUGUUGUUGAAAAUGGUCCCCUUCCCUCACAAAGUUUGCUUCCUCCCCCUGAAGAUCUUCCUCAAUGUUGAGUGCUGUAGAGCUACUUUUCCAUAGAUUAUCUUUGCUUAUUAGAUUUUGCCACAUGUAAUUUUGACCAUAUGAACAAUUUGCUAGCUAGGUUGU